AUGUGUAUUUAUGUGUCCGAGAUAGUCCAAGUCACAUUCUCUCUGUUACCAAAUUUUUUUUCUCUCUCAAAAACACUCAGUGUUUUGCUGUUUUUUUUUUCUUUUUUCUUUUCUCUUUUUUUUUUAGUGUAUAAACUUGUUCCACAGCUAGGGUGCGUGAUGGUAAUUUGUUCUGGUCGCAAGGCAUUGAACAGUAGGGUGACGGAUCUCGAACAAAAAGUAUGUACAGAGACUGCCAAGCGCCAAGCAGCCGAAAAAGAGCUCUUACAGUACCGUUCCCAGCAGUCACCAGUUUUACUCAACAAGUCGGAGACAAUGCAGAAAAUGCUUAGCGAGAUUGAGCAGGUUAAGGAAGAGAAGAGAAAUAUUCUGGAAUGGCUAGAGCGUGGAGUUUUGGAGGCUGAGCGUGUAUCGAAGCAGUUAUCACAAAUUUCUGAAGCUAUUCAUCGUACUGAAUUGUUUGAAAGCGAUGUCAAGCAAACUCUGCAGAAGCUGAACAACCACCAUAAUGAACUCCAACAGAUACUCCACGGGAUGAAUAUGCAAAUUGGAUUGAUGCAGCAGGAUAUUGACAUAAAGGAAAGAAACGAUAGCAUACAAAUAGCGUCGAACGGUUCCAACAAGGCGGAGUGUGAUCCAUUUUUUGAGGAGUACUUGAUUAUCACGAAGAAAGUGGAGAAUUUGAAGGAAAAGUGCGCACUACUCAAGAAAGCAGAAGAAACUAUGGAGUGCCUUGCUGCAUGUUCUCGUCUUUCGCUUCACAAACUUGGAAAAAUUAGUGUUGCCGUGAACAGCAAUAGUGUGUGGGAAGAUUUAGAGAAGACAAGUAAUGACAGCGACUCCUUUGAUUCGGAAGACGGUGAAGCCGACACAAAUCACCCACAAAUUUUUUUCCCUUCCGCAAAGGUGGCAAUUGACCGCUGUGACUCGUGUCUUUGUACAAUUUGGUCUGGCUUGAGUCGCUUUGGUUUUGACCAGGUGCAUCUUCGGCGCCAACGAGAUAUCCAAUUUCAGGAGGCGUGCAUGGCAGUAGAAAGGGAUUCGAAGAAAACUGUUGAAAACUGCGCUGGAAGCCUCCAGGAAUUGCGCGAUGAGCUUGAGGUGUGGAAAAACAAGCAGCGCCUAUUUGAGCGUCUGGUGUGCGAGGCGGAGUCGGCAUAUCAGAGCGAUUUGAGUGCAAAUCCUUUUCAGAGGGAGGAUAAUGAGGGUCACGAUAAGGGUUUUGAGGAUAGAGUGGAAUCCACGGGGGAUUUUUCCGACAAUGCGAAGCGGAAAGCCUUAUCUUUGGGAAGUGAACACUUUCAACUGAAAAAGACUAACGAUAAAUUGAAGAGGCAGUUGGACGUUUCCAUGUGUGACUACAAUUCUGUAAAGGAAUUAAAGCAUGCCUAUCGUGACCUUGAAGUAAGGAAAAAUGAACUUGCUUAUGUGAAUGAAAAGCUGCGGGUGAUUAACCGCUGGAUGAAACAAUGCGCAUGGGAGGUCGACAAGGAUGUACCGAUGGAGUUUGAAGGAAGGGUACCUUGA